AUGUCUCUGUUGCUGCUGGUGGUGGUGGUGCUGCUGCUGCUGGUGCCGAUGCUGCUGCUGGCGCGGCGCGGCUCGAUGGGCGGCGAUCUGGACCGCUGGAUCGAGGACAUCAAGCAGUGCAAGCUGCUGCCCGAGCUAGACCUCAAGCACCUGUAUGUGCAGGAGCUGAUGCUGGAAGAGUCGACGGUGCAGCCGGCGCCGUGGUACGACAUGGGCCAGACGCGAUUCGCAGCCUUUCUUUUAUGUCCCGUGCAUCUCUUCGUUUGUAGGCGCCGUGGUGCGACAUGGGCCAGAGGCGCCGUGGCGCCCGUCACCAUCUGCGGCGACAUCCACGGCCAACCCCCACGAUCGGCCUCGAGCUGCCACGGAGCCACGUCGGCCCGCCCCCCCCGCCGGCUCGGGCGCCCGUCGCCUGCGCCGCCGGAGCUCAUAGGCGCUUGCCCGGAGACGAGCUAUAUCUUCAUGGGAGACUUCGUCGACCGCGGCUACAACUCGGCUCGCUGGCCGCACCGGAUCACGCUGCUGCGGGGCAACCACGAGUCGAGGCAGAUCACGCAGGUGUACGGCUUCUACGACGAGUGCCAGCGCAAGUACGGAAACACGAACCCUUGGAGGCGAGUGCUCUGCGUGCACGGAGGCCUCUCGCCAGAGGUGCGGACGAUCGACCAGAUGCGGCUGAUCGACCGCAAGCAGGAGAUUCCGCAUGAGGGCGCCUUCUGCGACCUGAUGUGGUCCGGCCCGGGGCAUGUCUUGAUUUGUCCCGCGGGCGCCUUCUGCGACCUGAUGUGGUCCGAUCCGGACGACAUCGACACGUGGGCAGUGUCGCCGCGCGGUGCGGGGUGGCUCUUCGGCCAAAAGGUGACGCAUGAGUUCAACGCAAUCAAUGGGCUCGAGCUCAUCUGCCGGGCGCACCAGCUGGUGCAGGAGGGCUACAAGUACAUGUUCGAGGAGAGCCUCGUGACCGUCUGGUCGGCGCCAAACUACUGCUACCGCUGCGGCAACGACGCGUGCAUCCUGGCGCUCGACGACCAGUUGGUGCGCAACUUCAAGAUCUUCAAAGAGGUGGAGUCGACCAAGGCAGCGGGCGGCGGAGGGCAGCUCUCCAACGUGCCCUACUUCCUGUGAGGCGCCGCCGCGGCGUGUUGCCCCUGCCUUUGCCCACCCCCGAAGCGUAUCGCCUCGGGCGGCGGAGGCGGCUCGCAGUCGGCCGGGAGGGCGGGGAGAAGGUGUGCCGAGGGCCGUGGUGGAUCGAGCAGUGGAGGAAGGAGGGCUCAGACGGCAUGUGCGUUGCACGAGUGUGCGGCCAUGGGGCGGACCGCAGGGAGGCGCAGCUGACCCAGCAGUGCUUCUGGUCGCGCCGCGCCGCACGUGAGACGUGUGUGCAGUCAGCUGUCAGCGGGGCGCGCCGCGCGUUUCCAGCGUGUUGUACACUCGGUUACGUCUUCCAUGUUA